AUGACCGCUCUUUCCUCCUCUUCCUCCUCCUCCAUAAACUCCUCCAUCCAAUCGCUCAAAAAAGACUUUGGUGAUACUACUAAGAAUAAUAACACGAACCAAUGGUCGUCGUCGUCCUUCACCAGAGGCGGAGGACUUGGAGACCAACACCAACAACACCUUUGGCGUGUAAUCGAUUUGCUCGAGAAGAUGCGCGAAGAAAUCUUCAUCCAUGAGUAUCAUUCAAAGAAGUCCGAGAAGAACACGAAGAAGAACAGCAAGAUGAAGACGAUGGAGUUAAAAAUGAAACACUUAAUCGCGGUCUCUUCAAAAGUGAACGUGCGAUUGAACGCGUGUAAGAUUGGUCUGAGCAGAAUUGGGAAUUCCGUUGGCGUGGAAAGGAAAGUCAAAGACGAAGAAGAAGACGACGACGACGAAGACGAAGAGGAAGAAGAAGCAGUUGGAGGAGGCGUUUCAGUAGGUGAUGAUUCGACGUUGAACGAGGAAGAUGACACAACACGAGGACGACAAAAAGAGGACAGAAAAAACGAACGAAACGAAGCGAAGAAACGAGAACGAAACGAGCUUCUCGCGCGCGCGAUUGAGAAAACCGAAAAGCGAUGGCUCGGGAACAAUCAUCGCGGCGACGUGAAAUUGACCGGGAACGUGUUUUGGCGUCCGUUGCCACACGUCGUCGGGACGGCUUCGUUUUACCAGGAUUCGACGUUAGGGUUAGCGAAUGCGGUGAAUCCGAACCCGGAAAGGUUUGGACCGUAUAUUUCGUCCACGGAUGAUGACGAUUCGUCGGGUGACGAAGACGAUGAGGAUACGACGAGCGAAACGUCGACGUCGGAAUCGUCUUCGGUGUCUUCUUCAUCAGCCGAAGAGGAGGAAAGCGAGGCCGAAGAGGCCGAAGCGGAUUCGUACAGCGACGACGAGGAUACCGUUGGCAGAAGAAGUAUUGAAGCGCGCAGGCGAAGACGAAGAAGAGAGAAAUUGAUGCAAAAUCAACGAAAAGCAGCAGCGGGAGCGGCAAAGAAGAAGGAAAUAAAGGAAGAUGAAACCAUAGAGGAGAUGCGCGAACGGUUCGCCAAGGAAGUGUUGCUCCUCGCGGAAUCGACGAAAAAGAAGAAAAUGAACGAGAAGAAGAAGACAAAGAAGAAGAAGACAAAGAAGGAGGAGAAAAAGAGCAGCAUUUCUUCCGUGAGUUCAGAGGAUGAUUUAUUGAGCGACGGGCUCGGUAGUGAUACCGACGCCGACGAACCUGCCUCGAUGCUGUUCGGGGAAGGAAGAAUACGAACGAGUAGUAGCAGUAGCGAUAGCGAUAGAAAUAGGAGUAGCGAAGAGAAGGAGGACGAAGACGAAGACGAAGAAGACGCGAGUAUUUUCGGGAAGAAGCCAAAGCAGAAAAAGAAGAGCGCUAGGGGUGCUCAUAAAGAGCCCAACAUUUCUCCAAAGAAGAAGAAUAAGGAAAAGAAAAAGACGAGAACGGAUCGCUUGCGAGGCCUUUUCGGAGACGACGAGGACGACGACGAGGACGGCGAUACCGGACACCGCGUAAAAGCCGAGUACGCGGCCUCGCGUUCUUCCAAAGAAGAAGAAGAAGAAGACGGAAAAAAAAGCAAAGACGGGAAGAAGAGCAAAAAGAAAAAAAGGAACGCCAAGGAAAAGAAGAAGAAGAAAGCGCCUUCUUCCGCGCUCUUCGGCUCAAAUUCUUCUUCCUCCUCCUCCGGUGGUGGUGGUGACGACGUCUCCUCGUUGUUCAAAUGA